AUGGACGUCCAGACUGUCGAGUUCAAGCCUUUCCAGGACCAGAAGCCCGGAACUUCUGGUCUUCGCAAGAAGGUCACCGUCUUCCAGCAGCCUCACUACAGCGAGUCCUUCGUCACGAGCAUCCUGCUUUCCAUCCCCGAGGGAGUCGAGGGCUCUUUCCUCGUCAUCGGUGGUGACGGCCGCUUCUGGAACCCCGAGGUCAUCCAAUUGAUCGCCAAGAUCGGUGCCGCCUACGGUGUCAAGAAGCUGCUCAUCGGCCAGAACGGCAUCCUCUCCACCCCCGCCGCCAGCCAUGUCAUCCGCAAGCGCAAGGCCACCGGCGGUAUCCUCCUGACGGCCAGCCACAACCCCGGCGGCCCCAAGAACGACUUCGGCAUCAAGUACAACCUCGCCAACGGCGGCCCGGCCCCCGAGUCCGUCACCAACAAGAUCUACGAGGCCUCCAAGACCCUGUCCUCGUACAAGAUCGCCUCCAUCCCCGACGUCGAUAUCACCACCGUCGGCACGAAGACCUACGGCUCCCUCGAGGUCGAGGUCGUCGAUAGCACCGCCGACUACGUCGACAUGCUUAAGGACAUCUUCGACUUCGACCUCAUCCGCAAGUUCUUCCAGUCCCACCCGGACUUCAAGGUCCUCUUCGACGGCCUCCACGGCGUCACCGGCCCCUACGGCACCGCCAUCUUCGAGAAGGAACUCGGCCUCCAGGGCGCCACCCAGAACUGCGUCCCCAGCCCCGACUUCAACGGCGGCCACCCCGACCCCAACCUCACCUACGCCCACUCCCUCGUCGAGGUCGUCGACAAGAACAACAUCCCCUUCGGCGCCGCCUCCGACGGCGACGGCGACCGCAACAUGAUCUACGGCGCCAACGCCUUCGUCUCCCCCGGCGACUCCCUCGCCAUCAUCGCCCACCACGCCAACCUCAUCCCCUACUUCAAGAAGAACGGCGUCUACGGCCUCGCCCGCUCCAUGCCCACCUCGGGCGCCGUCGACCUCGUCGCCAAGAAGCAGGGCCUCAACUGCUACGAGGUCCCCACCGGCUGGAAGUUCUUCUGCGCCCUCUUCGACGCCGACAAGCUCUCCAUCUGCGGCGAGGAGUCCUUCGGCACCGGCUCCAACCACAUCCGCGAGAAGGACGGCCUCUGGGCCGUCGUCGCCUGGCUCAACAUCAUCGCCGGCCUCGGCGUCCAGAACCCCGACGCCACCCCCUCCAUCAAGCAGAUCCAGAAGGACUUCUGGACCGAGUACGGCCGCACCUUCUUCACCCGCUACGACUACGAGGACGUCGACUCGGACGGCGCCAACAAGGUCGUCGGCGUCCUCAAGGACCUCGUCGCCGACCCCAACUUCGUCGGCAGCAAGGUCGGCGACCGCACCGUCACCGGCGCCGGCAACUUCUCCUACACCGACCUCGACGGCUCCGUCUCCUCCAACCAGGGCCUCUACGCCACCUUCUCCUCGGGCAGCCGCAUCAUCGUCCGCCUCUCGGGCACCGGCUCCUCGGGCGCCACCAUCCGCCUCUACCUCGAGCAGCACAGCAGCGACCCCAGCACCUACGACCAGGACGCCCAGGACUUCCUCAAGCCCGAGAUCAAGAUGGCCACCGACCUGCUCAAGUUCAAGGAGUUCAUCGGCCGCGACGAGCCCGACGUCAAGACCUAA